UAACUUUGUCUCAUUGAAAGAAGCUCGUAUUCAGGCGAUACCACAUAAUCACAAUAUUCAGGUAAUUAAAGGUAAUACAAUUGGAGCAGACAUGGCCUUCGGAAAUGUGGCGUUAUUGUUGGCAGUACUAAUAAAUAUAAGCAGUUAUACUGGCAGUGACGGCCAAACAGUGUGUGAACCAAAUCCAUGUUGGAAUGGAGGGACAUGCGUUGAUGGUGGGAAUGGUAGUUUUUCAUGUGAUUGUACAGUCUGGUAUUUCGGCUACUUUUGUGAAUAUGUUGUUGAUUGGUAUCGUCCGUAGGACGUAGACGACUAAAACGCCAAAAACCAGGAUCUAACCAAUAAGGGAUGUAGAUGUUUG